UUUCCACUGCCUUGAUCCCCCGCCGCUAUCAUGGCCGGCUUCGACUUCUCCAACUACAACCGAAACGCGGCUCUUCACGCCAAGGGAGCACCGCUGCCCAAAGCCACAAGCACAGGUACAACGAUUGUUGGCUGUAUAUACGACAAUGGUGUUGUGAUCGCCGCAGAUACCAGAGCGACCACUGGUCCCAUAGUAGCGGACAAGAACUGCGAGAAAUUACAUUACAUUGCCCCGAAGAUUUGGUGCGCUGGUGCUGGUACAGCUGCUGACACUGAGUUCACCACUGCGUUGAUCAGCUCCAACAUCGAAUUACACUCUCUUUCGACUGGCCGACCUCCUCGAGUGAUCACCUGCAUGACUAUGUUGAAGCAGCACCUUUUCCGUUACCAGGGACAUAUCGGUGCGUAUCUAGUGGUUGCGGGUGUCGACCCAACUGGUGUCGGCCUCUACACGGUACACGCGCACGGGUCAACAGACAAGCUCCCCUACGUGACUAUGGGAUCUGGCUCACUGGCUGCUAUGUCGGUCUUCGAGUCGACAUGGAAGCCCAAUCUUAACAAGGAAGAGGCAAUUUCCUUAGCAUCCGAGGCGAUCUUGGCUGGUAUCUUCAACGAUUUGGGGUCCGGUAGCAAUGUCGAUGUGUGUGUUAUCGACAAGGACAAGCCCGCGCAACUUCUACGAAACUACAUUAGGCCCAACGAGCGUGCACAGAAGGAACGCGACUACCGCUUCCAGAAGGGCACCACGGCCUGGUUGAAUGAGCGAGUGUACACCAAGGAGGAUCUGAGGAAAUACGUUACUGUCGAGGAAAUCUCCGGUGACCCUAACCUGAUGGAAGUGGACACUUAGAUAGAGUUGACAUUCCGCAAUUGAGCAAACUGUUUUAAUGGGCUAGCACAGCACUUCCUGUAUUACCGAACGACAUGAAAGAAAACCACCUCUUUCGGGCCCCUCUUAGUAGCAGCCAAACAUCAUGUUGACUUUGAUUCGUAGAAUCUAUCUAAUGCCUACAAAAUGUACAAAUACAUGGUAUCAAAACAGAACCAACCAUUGGUCCCAUAUAAAAGCAAAUGCGAAAGUGAUACUUCAAUCCGAAUCGU